AAUUAUUCCGGCUCGGAUGGUGUUCCGAGUGCCAACAGUACUCGUCUCGGAUUUUCUGGUGGAAAUGUUACGGUCAACACAGGACCCAUACUCGGAAAACACACCAGCGGCCACAUCCCUGAAGGCUUCAGCAGGAACUACUCAAUGUCGCAGCAGGGUUUGACAGCACACGUCAGCUGCCGGGCCAUUAACUUGAACCAAACGCAGUACACUUGGGACACGAACAACUCCACCGUUAUCUACGUAAACCCGGCUGCUUCGAACAGCUCCAUUACGAGCCUACGCUUGUGGAACAUCACUGCAAACUGUGGUACCAAUACGCUGACGAAUCAGGAAUAUGUCACUAUGGUGGAUGUGAAUGGAAAUGCGAGCCUUUCAGGGAGCGGCUUUCUUCCAUCCGUCGUGUGCCCAGGACCGAUGAAUAUGAAUCAAAUUUAUACAAGCUUCACGAUCUUGUCACAAGGAUUUUUCAAGUAUAGUUUUCUCAACGCAAGCGUUUGCGAAGUGGUCCCAUUCUUGACAACAGUCCGCGCCGAUUAUUCCAAUGACCUGAUUUCUUCCGUUCCCACAUCGUGCACAUCUUUCCAGCCAGUGAAUACCAAUUUGCUCUCAUUUGUCGCUGGAGUCGCCAGGUUUCAGUCGAUCAACUCGCAGGGGCUUCUGAGCAGCGCAAUCGGUGACACCUUGUACACCAUCUAUUCCUCGACAACCAACACAUCCAUCGACGCCAAUCUCGGAAAUCAAACGCAGGUUUAUCAAGAGCUUGAGCAGUACUGGCGUGGUGUGGUCGAGUUCUCUGCCACAUUCCUUCGCUCGGGGUUUAUGGUUGUGGGCAGCUUUCCUGAUAAUGUCAUCCCGAACAACCUCCUCCCUUCAUGGACCAUGUACAUAUCGACAAUAGGUUGGGCUAAGCGAUCGCCGACAUAUCUUCUAGCCAUUCUUCCCAUCACCAUCAUCACCAUCCUCACUUUCGCCUGCGCUUUGUACAGCAUUAUGCAAGCGUGGAAAGAGAGACACAUCGAUCGCCCCAAUAUCACCUUCGACGUGUCAAACCCUCUUCACCUCAUCAUGGCAUCCGCUGCUGGGAAUCUCGCUCUAAGAAAUUUCGACGAGGACGGAAUAAACUACAACGAAGCCGUGGAGGUGCGGCUGGAGGAGCCCAAAGAGGACCAUAGGGUCAAGAAGUUUAUGAAAGCUGGUUGGACUAAGCGAUCGCCGACAUAUCUUCUAGCCAUUCUUCCCAUCACCAUCAUCGCCAUCCUCACUUUCGCCUGCGCUUUGUACAGUAUUUUAAGUUCGCAGGCGUGGAAAGAGAGACAGACCGAUCACCACAAACCCCCCUUCGACGUGUCAAACCCUCUUCAUCUCAUCAUAGCAUCCGCUGCUGGGAAUCUCGCUCUCAGAAAUUUCGACGAGGUCGGGAUAAUCUACAACGAGGCCGUGGAGGUUCGACUGCAGGGCGAUGGUGUCAAUAGGUUUUUGGAAGUUCCGAAGUCAAAGGUCAGAUGA